AUGUCUGUUUCCAAUCCCAUGUUCACAUUGACCUAUGCUGGUUAUGGUCUAGACAAUGACCAAGCUGGAAUGAAAAAGUUUGCAAGACUUCUCGAAGCCGAAUGGUCAGCACAAGCACAUUCAGAAGCAUUGGAUGCUGUAAAGAAGGAGUUGGACCGAAUCAGCUUGGCGCGAACACUGUCCCACAGCCCUAUCAAUCUUGACAAACAUUUCCAAGCCGCUCAGCAUGUACGGUUGUUGCACAAUGAAUCUCAACAACGCCUACGAGAUCUGACAGCUCAAAUUGGCCUGUCCGAUUUGAAACCUCUCCAAAAUCCGUCUAGCACAGAAAGGGACUAUAUGGAGAAGUACAUCCUGGCCCAAUUCCACAAACAUGCCAUCCUUAUCCGCUUAGCCAAGUACCAGGACAAGAUGAACCCUAUUCAAAGCUCGCAACAGUGUGGAGGACAACUCGUUACAAAAGUUGGCUACUCGAAGAUGGUCUCAGUGUUCAAUAGCGCAAAAGACCGUGCCCAUGUUAUUUCUGACCAGGUCGCGCCCUCCUGGCUCCCGGAUUCUUUGAAGCACACCAAAAUGGACGUCAAAAUACUGCUUAACAUGGAUCCCAGUGAUGAGCAGUGGACAAACAUGUGGGAGAGCCUGUGGGUUUCCAACUGGAACCUGGAUGAGAAACCACCUGCCUUUAUCGUCAAUCAGCAGGUUUGCCAUGGCAUAGUAGCAGUGCUGUCGCUUGCUCGUAUUGAGGAAGAAAAGCUUAGGCUCGCUCGAGAGGAACUCAACGCGUGCACCUGGAUCGUCCAGUCGGUAGACUCCAUGAUUCAGACCACAGACGAUAUUCAUCCUCUUUAUAAAUAUCAAUGGCAACUACGCCUCAAGUUGUUACUCAAGUGCCAUGAUACAAUCGUGAACGGACCAUUUCCUUGCAUCAAUCUGUGGCGUGCAUCGACACACUACCUGCUUGCAAACCUAGAACAUUCAGACCCCCAGGCCAGGUCUGAAGGUGAGUAUCGGAGUGGAUGGGAGAAGGGUAGGAGAGUGACAGAAGGGUGGAGGUGUUGUGAGGAGGAAGAGGAGGAGUGGGAGGAGUAG